CACCUGAGUAUAUUUGUCCUUUUUGCUGUUGUUUUUAAUGGUUCAUGGUCAUUUAUCUUAUGGUGGGUAUGAAUUUUAUGGCUCGUAGGCAUUUCCAGUGCUGUCACUCAUCUACCCCAGGGAGUCUAGCAGCAGUCUCCGUAUGUGACGAGAUCAGAGACAACAGACUUCAAUUUCCGUUUUUCAUGGUUACUGUUUUUCUCUCAAUUUGGCAUAACUCCAUCUUUGUUUAUCCCUCUCCCCACACUACUUCUUCUCUCUCUGACUGCAGUGUGCUCUACUCAUUAGAAACUGUUUCACAAUCCGGAGCACUCUAAAAUGGCAAGGAUUCUGACCCUGACAGCGUAUGACUUCGGAGCGCUGAUGUGCAAAGCCCCCUGCUGGUAGCCUGGGAAUGCACAGGUGCAGUUAAAACACUAUGAGAUGGAGGGUUUACCAAGGUGGAUGUGUGAAGUAACAGAUUAUAAAUCUGGAGCGGUGAAAUAGAGACAGACAUUGCUCUGAUCAGUGCAUAUUCAUCAGUGCUAUGAUUAGUUGCAUUUAUAGACUUAUAUAGAAUUUAUAGUGGUCAAGUCGCAGGUGCAGUGGCUCUGCUAGGUAGUCUCACACAUACAUACUUCCUUUGGGAUGAAGGUAACAGUUUUGCUGAGGUUGAUAAGCAAAGACUAUAUUAUAGACGUUUUUUGCAGAGUUCAGAAGAGGAAGUAGAACAGGAGGGGAAGGAUGGGCAUAAAGCCGCCAGCGUGGAGAAAAUGAGUGAGGCAAAAAGGAUAGGCUGUCCAGAAGAGGAGGGAGCUUAUUUUUUCAUGCAGCGAAUAAGCUGCUACACAAAGAAUCAUGUGACAUGAGCCAGGGAAAUGGCCAUCAAAUGGGGAGGGCUGAUGGGUGUCUGAGAGAGGGAGCACUGCUGCACACUCACAGAUUCUUGGUGAAUUGUGGAGCGUAUAUACAGAGAGAGGGAGAGGUAACGGCUCACACACUCAUCCAUUGACAACUAGACCAAAGUCAGAAGGGAUAAUCUCAACUAAUAUAUUGUAACACAGAAGAAAAAGAAGGAAAUUUGAAAAGAAGACAAAGGCAUAUAAAUAUAAGGACUAAAAAACAAUACCUAGAGGAGGAAAAGCAUGUCCUCUCUCUCCAACCAACAGCCAGCAUCUCCAUUCUCGGAGUACAGUGAGCUAUGCAAAGGUGCUUCUAUGUCCACACCACCUGCCACGCAGGGAUGGGAUUGGGAGCAUGGUGACAUUGGGGCUCCAAGGAGCUUUGCUGGUACCCCACGAGCCCUGGGGCUGACUGAUGAAGAUAAGCUGUGUUUCUUUGACCCUCCAGCAGCAAUGGGCAAGGAGUCAGAACUGCAGGUGCCUGGAAGAAGUGCAAUACCUGAGAGCAUGUCACUAAGCAGCGUAGGGGACAGUCUAGAGAGCACUCUGUCUUCAUCUCAGUCACCUGCAUCCCCUGGGAUAUUUACAUCUUUAGAAUCUGCAGGUAACAGUGGGAUGAUGCCUCCUGCACAUCUUUCGGGAUCAUCUUCACAGAACAGUGAUGUUCCUUCUACUUUUGAAUCGCUAAAACCAGCCAAUGUAGCCGAAUGGAACCCAUCACCUCAUGGCCUCAGUCCAGAGACGAGCCCCAAGAUGGGCUCUCCCCAAGCACCCCCUAACUACUGUGUCAUUGGAGUCGUUAACGAUAAUUACCUUGAGGGUGGAGAUGAAGGUGUUGGUGGAAGACCAGUGGCUGAGGGAUCAUCAAAUGAGAGUGAGGAUGAGAGUGAAGUUCCUGAGCCUUGUUUCAUGGGACGAGCUGAGCAACAGAGGAAGGCUAUGAGGAGAGCCAUGUCCGAGUGUUCCCAUUUGUCUGUGCCAGCCAGCAUUCAGCUACCAGACAAGUACCCUGGUGGAGGAAUUCUGGAUGAGCUGACCUCGCCAGUAGGAGGACCCCGUAGGCCUUACACCGGGGGCAUGAAACGCUCACUCACCGUGGCAGACGAUCAGCCACCAACACCUCCACCAACCCUCUAUGCUACUGGAGCUCGUAAUGACUUGAAUCAUGGAAUUGGGACGACACUUCAUCUCACCCCAUUUCCACCACUCAAGAGUAACAGAAGCUUUCCACUCUCACCCAUGGAGGACGUUCCGGAGGGUUCAAUUGUAGACAAGGACCAGGGUGUACUGGUGCCAGUGCCUGUCACAAGCCGAGCACUCAAUGGCAGCACCGUUGGUACUGAAGGCGGCGUCAGUCUGUCCCCUGUACUCAAGGUCCAAACAGAGAAAAUCCAGCCAGAGGUGGAAAAAAUAGAGAGCCUGGAGAAGUCUGAUGUGUUCAGCAAAGUGGACAAGAUGGACAAGGUUGAGAAGCCUGACAAGCCUGACCAGGUGGCCAAAGUUGAAGAGGCAGAUAUAAAAGACAAAAAGGAAAACAAGGAUAGUAGUGACAAGCAGGAUGCAUUUAACAAGGUGGCCAAAGUUGAAGAGGCAGAUAUGAAAGACAAAAAGGAAAACAAGGAUAGUAGUGACAAGCAGGAUGCAUUUAACAAGGUGGCCAAAGUUGAAGAGGCAGAUAUGAAAGACAAAAAGGAAAACAAGGAUAGUAGUGACAAGCAGGAUGCAUUUAACAAGGUGGCCAAAGUUGAAGAGGCAGAUAUGAAAGACAAAAAGGAAAACAAGGAUAGUAGUGACAAGCAGGAUGCAUUUAACAAGGUGGCCAAAGUUGAAGAGACACCUGUAGCUGAUAAGUCCGUUAAACCAGACAAAACUGAGCAGCCUGACAAGACAGAAAAGAUGCAUGUACCUGAAAAAACAGAUGCAAGUAAAAAGGCUGAAAAUUUAGAGCAAGUUGAGAAAAUUCCCACUAUAAAAGCUAGUGAAGGUAAGAUGGAUCUGUCUCCAGAGAUGGACAAGGAGGUAAAGGUGGAAAAGGUAGAGUUGAAAGCGGAAACUACCAAAGUGGAUGAAGACAAAACGGAAGAGGUUAAAAGUGAGAAAGAAAAGCUUGAUCAGAAGCUAGAUGAGAAAACAGAGAAGGAUAAAGCUGAGAAAGACAAGCUUGGUGAGAAGCAAGAAAAAGACAAAGCUGAAAACAAGGUUAUUGAGUCAGGCAAAGAUGUACUCCAAAAACCAGAUGCUGUGGAAGAGACCAAGCUGCCUGAGAAGCUGGUAAAACAGGAGAAAACAGAAAAAGCUGGAACAGAGGUGAAAAAAGACCCAUCUGUCAAAGUGGAGAAAGAAGACAAACCUGAAAAGGCCAAAAAAGCAGCACCUAAGCCUGUGGCAACUAAUGGUGCCAGAACUGCAUCAGGAAAAGAUCUGCCUAGUCCAGAGAAGAAAACCAAGCCUGCUACCACGACAACCAAACCGAGCAUGGCCAAACCUCGGCCAAGCACCGUGUCCAGUACCGCGACUGCUCCUAAGCGCCCAACCCCAGCCCCUACCUCCACAACCACCACCUCCACUACCCUCAGCAAAAAAGCACCCAUGCCCAAGGCACCCACACCCACGGCUGGCACCAAGCGUCCUGCUUCGGCUGCCAGCCGUCUCUACACCACGCCCACAGUGCCCAGUGAGGUCAAACCUAAGACAGCCACAGAGUCAUCAGUGCCAAAGUCCCAUGCUGCUCCAACCCGGUCCACAGCCUCAAAGAAUGGUACAUCUACUACAACAGUGAGCAAAACCACCACGUCAAGUGCCCCCACAGCACGGCGCACUCUGGCUACAAAGACUGAGAACAAAACAGGGGAGGAGAAGAAACCAAGUACUCUGAAGACCACAGACUCCACCAAACCAAAAUCUACAACUACUAGACCAUCCACCAUUACUAGUAGUACCACAACCCGCACCCGUACCACUAAACCUACCACAGCCACCAACAGCACAACCAGCACAGUGCCAGAGAAGAAGCCACCAGUACCCCGUGCCCCCCGAGCAAGCUCCUCUACCACAACAACUAGUACCACCACCAGAACCAGCAGCCGCCCAGCAACAGUUCCAGCUCCUGAUGUUAAAAAUAUCCGCCCCAAGAUUGGCUCUACAGACAACAUCAAACACCAGCCUGGAGGAGGCAAGGUCACAGUUUCUCAAAACAAGACGGAUGCUCUGGCUCAGGGCUCCCUCUCCAAAGAGACCAGCCAGGGCAAAGUUCAGAUAGUCUCCAAAAAGGUGGACUACAGCCAUGUUACGUCUCGCUUGGGUUCCAAGGACAAUAUCAAGCAUGUCCCUGGUGGUGGGAAUGUCCACAUUCUCAGUAAGAAGGUUGAUGUGAGUAAAGUGACUUCAAAGUGUGGUUCAAGGGUCAAUAUCAAGCAUAAGCCAGGAGGUGGAGAUAUAAAGAUUGAGUCUCAUAAAGUGAACUUCAAAGACAAAGCCCAGUCUAAGGUGGGCUCCAUGGACAACGUCAGCCAUGCACCAGGAGGGGGAAAUGUUAAGGCUGAGGGGCAACAGGAGACAGUUGAGGGCAGUGGGGCUACCUCUAGUGGCUCAACCGGCCCAGCCCAGGAGAAUGGGCUGAAGGAGGGCACAGCAUGUGGGGGCGAGGCACUCCGGGACCCCCAGGGCCUGGAUUCUCUCAUCCCUGAAACAAGCAUCUAAUUCUGCUUUUUGCUAUCGCCUUAUCAUUUAAUUUCCAAAACACCUCCUGUCCACCUCCUCUUCCUACUUUUCUCUCCUUUUAUAUCCAACUCUUUUUCUGUCUUUCUGUUUUCCCCCUAAUACUCCCUGCUGCAGAUUGAAUCUUUCAAGCUCAACUUCCGCGAGAACGCCCGCUCUCGCACAGACCACGGCGCUGACAUCAUCAUCUGGCCCGUCGUGGGUGACAGCCCUGCCCACCCCCAUCUGCUCCGCAGCAGUCUCUCAUUCAACGACUCGUUGGUGACAGCCCACAUGCCUCGCUCCUCCACCACCCCUGCCCUCCUUUCAGCCUCUCAAGAGCAAGAGGGUGAUGCUGACUCACUCAACACACUUCGCACGUGACUUCAACCGCUCAUCUGUUAACUCUCAUAGCCUUGCCCCAUGGGUACACUGUUUCCGUCUGAGUAUUCAGUCUGCCGAUUAGUAGGUGAAAAUGAAUUUGGCGGAAUCUAUUCACCGGCCCUUCCUUAGCUUCAUACUCAGUUUAUUCAUCUUCAGUAGUAGGUUCUCACCUGAUUUUACUCUGGAACUUUUGGUCUUAUUCAGUGCUGCAGUCUUAGAAUUUAUCUGAUUUCCCAUGAUAUAGUUAUCUGGAUAAACAUGACCUGUAUACUUGUGUUUACACAACUCCCUUUAGAAACGUUGGGCCAUAGUGUUGUGUUGUGCCUCUUUGUCAGCAUGCGGGGCUGUCAUGUGAUCCUAAUAAGCAUUGACUACCCUGCUUCAGUAACUUCAAGUCUCAUAACUCACUCGCACUCAUCUUUUACCGUCUUUGAAACAAACUCACAUUUAACAUACGUAGUCGGUCUCAGCUGUAGGUUUCAAUUAAACUGCUCUAAAAUUGUGUUUUGUGAUGUAUUUGAGUGAAUACUGUGGCUACGAUCUAUAUGUUUGUUUGAUUUUCAUUUCCUGUAUGCUUGGAUGUUUUGAUUGUGUAAUUUGUUUUCUUCUAGUAAAGCAAUACAGCUGUCUUUGCCUAUAGGACAUAACCUACUUUGUCUUGAAACAAAUACACAAAAGGUACAGCUUAGCAUCUCAAACACAGCUAUACACAUGUCUCAAAGUGUUCAUGGUCAGCAGAUGAUGAGGCCGGCGGAGUUAUUAGAACAAUGAAUGUGAGAAAUGACAAGGGCAUGCGUUUAGUGGAUGUUAAAUGAAGUGUGAAUUAAGUUCAGUUGAGGUGAUGCUUUUGAUUAUGUACCAGUGAUUGUCCUGGUGCUGUACUUAAACAUUGGUUUGAGAUGGAAAGGGAAAGGGAAAAAAAGCAGUCUGUUUGUGCUGCUUGUAGAAGAGAGCCUGAAUCAUUAACUACUUUUGGGAAGAUACAGAGGCACUCCGAAUGUCAGUCUGACUCAAAGCGUUUGUUUGGCUAGAUCAGUUAUUGCUUUUAAUGGUGAUUAGUUGACCUAUAAAUGUACUUAUUCAUAGUUCCACUUCCGCUACAGGUGGUUUUGGCAUGCAAAAGCGAAGCUUUUUAAAGCUUAACUUUUAUUAAAAAGUCACUGAAGAAUUAUUUGAAAGUCACAUGUAUGUUCCUUAAGGAUGUUGGAGGCAGCAAUCCUGUUCUAGCUUAUUUCACUUGCAGCAUUUAAUCUUAGUCACCUCUGAAUAGCCUUUUUAAUGUGAUCAUAAUCAUGUGUCCCAUUCAAAAAAAAAAAAAACGUACAUCACAUAGUUCUUUGGUCCCUCACAGCGGGAGAAAAAAAAAAGGAAAUGAAUUCUGCAAGAAAACAUCAUGGUGUUAAAUGCAGUGCAUGUUUUGCCUUAUAUUUAAGCAUUGAAGUGAGCUCAAAAACACUACAAUCAAAUAAAUUCAAAUAUUAGUUAAAUGCCCUUUAUUAGCACUAAUCACCAUCAUACUCUAAGGUUUUUAAGCCCUUAUAAUCACCAAUCACAACAAAUCAUUCAAAUCCACACUGAGAUUUAUCUCAGUAAUAUUUGCUAGAUUAAAGUGCCACUCAUGAUAAAAUCUACCCUAUAUGAGCUAUGAAUGGGGGAGGGGUGGCAAAGAUUAUUUUGGUUCAUGGGCAAUAACUGUUAUUAUUUAUGUUAUAGUGAUUUUGAAAAAGGAGAGGUUUGUAGAUAUUUGUAUUUGAACUAUGAUGUGCAGCUUUUAAAUGCUCUGAGUAUGGUUCUCGUUGAGGUCUGACUUUAUUUUGUAACCUUCACCUAGGUAAUUAAAAUGUUGUGGUCAUUUUAAACUCACUUGCCUGAACGCAGUCCUUUUUUUCUCUUUUUCCUUUUUUUUUUUUUGUUAAAUGCAGUGUACUCUGCUUUUUCACACCUAUUGUUUCUCAUUAGUUACUAGCACACCGCUAUAUGUAAAUAUAUAUUUAUACAUUCAUUAUUGGCGCUGGAAGAAAAAGUUGGAAAUAUAAAGAACAUUAAUCAUGUUUUAAACACGUAAACAUGUUUUAAAAGAAUGUCAAAUAUAGCUUUGGUGUGGUGUUAAGAAGUGCGCUUGUCAUUAUCUUUAUUCAUUAUUAUUAUUCUUAUUGUUGUUGUUAUUGAAAUUUACCUGCCUUUUUCUGAGAAAAGGGCUGGCAUGAAAGAAUGUUUUGUAUUUGCGUUCCUCACUUACUGCCACUGCUUUGGUAUGCUGGUUGUGGCUGUAGGUAGUGGGUUACUUCUGCAAACAACAGACAUCUACAAACUAUUAUUACAAAGGCCGUUGAGUUUCACAUAGUACCUUUCCAAUCAUCUUCUAGUCUUAAAACAUGAAGAGCACACUGUCAUUUAUGCAGGUAUAAUGUUCAUACAGUAUCAAAAAUGUCAGAACGUUUUGAUUUACACCGUUUUAAUGAAGCUAGCUGAUAAGGGGCUGAGAGCAGAGAUUGAAAUUGGCUAUGCAGUGUGAAAUUGGAUAUGCAGUGUGAAUUUGGAUGUACCGCCAUGGCACACUUAAGUGCGUAUCCCAGAGCCACAACAUGAAGCACACUUCCCUUGUUUGAGUUUUACUGAGGCUUCAGCAUACAACCACAAUCUUGUGUAAAACACAUUUUGUUCAAAUUGCCCAUAUGAAAGUGUAAGAAGCCCCAUAAACAUGCUUACAUUAAAAUAUUGUACUAACAAAAAACAUACUAAGAGCAUGCAGAACAAUUGGGAUGUGUAUGGUAGCCUUGUCCUGUGCGUUUCCCCUCCCCCCCAUUCAUUUUGAAAUUCAGUUUAUUUUCUGGUUUGAAAGAAGUGUUAAUUGUGUUCAAUUGUUAAUUAGUGAUGUGAUAAUUAAAAAUUAAAUAAAAUAAUGUGUUUAAAAUAUUGCAAA